CCAUGGCUGCCCUAUCUAUGAACCUUCCUUCUUCGUCGUUCCUUCUAAACAUCCCUCUCCCUGUUCCGUGCUCAUGCUGCCAACUUAAUUCAGAGUCUCCAACAAAAUUAACAACCCGAGACGACGCGUCUAAGCAACUAGCUAUAUCCAUCCAUCUAUCGACCUCUCUCUCCCUCUAUAUAUAGGGAUCAAACCGGCCACUCCAUCAUCGAUCAUCUCGUCCUGCCACCAUUGUUGUGCAUCAUCUGUCGGAGCAACUACCCGUACACACGGUGAGAUUAAUACCUCACUUCUGCAGCUGAUCAUCCGUUGAUUGAUCGAUCAUGAGCUACCAGGCUCCCCCUCCCAGCACCACAGGCUACCCGGCGCAAGCAACUCAGCAGCAGGCGUACCCAGUCUACGUGGCGCCGCCGCCGGCCGGUUACCCGACCAGGGAGCAGGAGCAGUACCCCGCCGGCGCCGGCGCCGGCGCCAGCGAGACCAGGAGCCGCGGCCACGGCCACCACCACGGCGGCGGCUUCUGGAGAGGAUGCUGUGCUGCCCUCUGCUGCUGCUGCCUCCUUGACAUGUGCUUCUGAUGAGAAGACGAUGCUCUUCACCAUGGAUGCUCAUCCAUGGCGGUGCUGUGUACUUUUCUUGUGUAUAAUUAAUCGCUGGUUCAUAUGGAGUAAUUAUACUUGAUUUUUUUUAAACCUUUUUGUCAUAUAUUCGUGGUGUGUUUUGUCACCGUGUUGGGACAGUAGCUAGCUAGCUGUGUUGAUCGCCAUCUUUUUGUGUGAUGGUGUAUGCUACUUUUGAUCGUCUUGUUCAUUCUGUAUAUUUUGGGUUCAUUUGUGACAUUCAUUUUGGUGGAUUAUCUGUAC